AAAACAUGCAGGACAGUGGGCCCUGAGGUAGGGUUAAGCACGCGACCAUGUGUAGAGGCUAUAGCCCUCGAUGCGGCUAUCCCGAGUUCGAGUUUUGCCCUCUUUUCUGUCUACAUAGUGUUGAAAAAUGAAAAAGCAAAGAAUCUGGUGAUUUAAUGGCCUAACUGUGCCUCUGAUUAAAUGUUGCGAUUAUAUUAUUCAUGUCACUUCCAGGUGUGUUAAUAUGAGUAUUUUUAUUAAUUUCUGAACAAAGUGAUGUGCUGUGAGUGUGCUGGAGGACCGGCACUGUUGAGGAUGACCUGUGAUGGCAGCAGAGUUCCCACUCUGAGAUCCUCCUCAGAUCGAUCAGCCUCACAUGCUCCGCUCUCUUGGAUCACUUUCUGGAACUGGGUUUCGGUAGUUGCUGGUUGCGUCUGGGCCGCUCACUUCCUGUCAGUCUGGUUUAUUGUGAUCUUUCGUGGCCUCCGUCAUUGGUUCCCGAACUUUUCGAACUCCUCCGACUUUCAGACAGCCCACUCGGCUGCUUUGGUUCAGGCAGGAAAGCUAACAGGCUAAGUGUUAGCCUGAACCGGCUCCGUCCUCCUGAUGCCGACGAUGCUGGAGAGGAAUUCAGAGGCUCCGGUGAAGAAGAGGGGCCGAGCCCCGGCCAGCAGUGGCAGCGGCUACCCCGGAGCAGCAGCGAACAACGGCAGGAAGAACUUGUCCGGUAAUGAGACCAACACCAUCAGCUGCUGGGAAGAAGGAAGUUCAGGCUCCAGCAGCGACGAGGACCAUGGUGGAGGAGGGAUGCGCGUCGGACCGCAGUAUCAGGCCGUGGUUCCCGACUUUGACCCGGAUGUUGCCAAGGCAGCUCAUCUAAGAGACAACUUGGGGAUGUUGGUUUGGAUCCCCAGCAGCUGCCUGAACCAGACUCAGUUGGACGAGUACAUUGCCAUCGCCAAGGAGAAACAUGGCUACAACAUGGAACAGGCUCUAGGGAUGCUCUUCUGGCACAAACACAAUGUUGAAAAGUCUCUGGCUGACUUGCCAAACUUCACUCCAUUUCCUGAUGAGUGGACAGUGGAGGACAAAGUCUUGUUUGAGCAGGCCUUUAGCUUCCAUGGGAAGAGCUUUCACCGCAUCCAGCAGAUGUUACCUGAUAAGUCCAUGGCCAGUCUGGUCCGUUUUUACUACUCCUGGAAGAAGAGUCGCAGUAAAACCAGUAUGAUGGACCGACAGACCCGAAAACACAAGCGGGAACAAGGUGACAGUGAUGAAGAAGUGGAGAAUAGGAAUGAAAAUCCUUCCAGCGAGUCAGAGAUGGACCUAAAUAAAGACAAGAAGGAGCCAAGUUCUGGAUCAGAGAAGUCAGAAGUGAAACCAACUUCUAGUCUUAAGAUAGGUGGGAAGACAUCCCAGCGAAUGAAGAAACGCCCUCCCAGAGGAAUGUUUCUGAAUCAGCAGGAUGUUGUUUCUCUGUCCUCUUCGUCUGCUCAGGGACUCAUCAGACAGCUGGACAGUCAGCUGGUGUCCAUAAAGAGACAGAUUCAGACCAUUAAACAAACAAACAGUGCUCUGAAGGAGAAACUCGCCUCUGGAGUCGAGGAGUUCAGGCAACCUGAGGUAAAUCAGAAGUUCAAUAAUCGUUGGAGCACAGAAGAGCAGCUUCUUGCUGUCCAAGCUAUCAGGAAGUAUGGACGGGACUAUCAAGCCAUUUCAGAUGUGAUUGGCAACAAAUCAGUAGUCCAGGUGAAGAACUUUCUUGUGAACUAUCGAAGAAGGUUUAACCUGGACGAGGUUCUCCAGGAGUGGGAAGCAGAACAUGAAAUGGAAGGUGGAGAUGUCAAAGCAGAGGAGGAUAAAAUGAUGGAGGAAAACAUGAACACAUGUGCAGCUGAAGAUGAUGAGACUGCUUGUAAGCCGAAAAAGGAGGACUUGUCUCUUCCGAUGGAUUCGGAGUAACCUCUGGCCUCCUGAGAUACCAGCCUGACCCUUGGCCCCAGCCUUCUGGAGGAUUUCCUUCUCUAGUAGUCUCUGUUUAUUAUUUUGUCCCUCUUUUUUCAGUUUUACUCCUGUUAGUGGAUAGGGGUGACUUCAGGACAUACACAAUGGACAAAUCCAUGUCUGAUCCAUAAAUUAAAGACACUUUUAUGUCACAUAACUGUUGAAUUUACUUUCUGAAUUCUUUGUAUGUUUGUGUUUUGGGAUCUGAGGUGCAGAAUAGAAGUUGGAUGAAGGUGGGGUUACAGGGAGCAUGUAUUGUCCUAAUUAUCUCAUUGUUUUUUUUUUAAAGAUUUUACAGCCUUUUUAGAAAAAAAUACAAUAAAACCAAAGUUUAUUAAGAAAAUUGUGUAACUUCUAUUUCAACCUUUUUUUCUUUUGGGUUAAAUGUUUAGUUUCCGUAGUUACAUAUUUAAUGUCUUCAUGGCCGUUUCCAGACUAAGUGGUUAAGAACUAAAUUUAUUUUGUUGCACCAUUCUCAGGAAAAUGUGAUUCUCAAUGAAUGUGUGUGAUAUUUAUCUUUACUUUGUGUUUGUUUGUAUGAAGUAGCAUCAUCAUUAAUUCAUAAAUAAAUAUUUUCUUUCUGAUUUCA